UCAACAAAAGUGCUGUGCAAAAGGCUAAGAGAAAAGUAUUGCAGAGAGUCACCUUUAGCGACAUAAACCGCGUCCCUUGCGCGGGUCACACAACGGUAUACCUUAACGACAACGAUAGAAACCGAAGUACAACUGCCAACAGUACGCAACAAAGACACCAUUGGACGGAAGUAGAGCAAGAUCGAGACAUCCGUCGUUUAGGCUAACCUAGCAAGCUAAACAUACAAAUCGCUGCUCUUGCGAAGCAAACGGAUCCGUAAUGGAGGAGCUGAGCGACGGAGAAAUAGUAUGGGUGAAGGUCAGCAACAGCUGGUGGCCGGGCGAAGUAAUGGGCGAGGAACGGUUAACGGAAGAUUUUCUAUCCUCGCUCCGGAAGAAGCCACUGGCGGUGGUGAAAUUUUUUCAAGAGGAUACCUACGAAUACGUAAAAAAUCCAAGUUUCAUUUUCAAAUACAACUGUCCAAGAAAAGGAGAAUUCUUGCGCAAAGGUUUGGAACAAUGUCGGGCCAAAAAGAAACAUAUGGAAACGUUUCCGGCGGAUGUAAUGCACGCCGAACGCAUGACGGGUGGCGACCCGAACAUAGUAAACUCAACCGAUUUUCUGCCACAGAAAAAGGAACGUUACUCGGGUUUGUUCCAGGAUGCUGCGAAAGGGAAAGGUAAUCAGAAAGGAAAGCCCGUGAACUUGACCACACCAACCACACCAGUCCCUGUUCGAAAACCAACACACGCUGUCCGCAUCCUACCACAGACAUCGGGGGGUACUGGGAAUACAGCACUGUACGAAAGCGAGGCUGGUACAUCAUCCAACACUUCCCUUUCGGAAAGUGUUUCUUCGGUCGUCGGUUUACCGUCACCGAUGGCUUCUUCGGCGCAAUUGUAUCACUGUUACAAGUGUAACUACAGCGCCAACCGGCAGAAUUUGAUCGUUUUACAUAUGAAACAUUGUCGAGCUACAGGAGUUGCUGUAGGGGCAACACCAACAUCUAGUGCAACAGUAACACCGUCGCCUAGACCAAAAGUUGUACCCGCAGUUGAAAUACGGCAACCAUUGGACGAUACUACCGAUGAUGAAGAAUCCGGACAGCAGGAAGUUGGCACAACGAGCGUAGGUCGCAUGAAGCGUUCGUUAAUUCUAUCCAAGGAACAGAAAGAGCAGCCCAUUAUUGCUAAACAGACGGGUAGAACGCGAUCCGGUGAAACAGUGGCACGGAACCGUGCCGGUCGGACACCGAAGCAAACAGGAUCGGUUGGCCAACGAAAGAACAGGCGUACUCAACUGGUGAAAAAAGAUGACGAAGAAGAUUUACUUGUGGAUGAUGGGCCAUCAGCAGAAAUUUCCGAUCCAUCGGAGGUACAUGCUACUGACCAGCAUCGUGUAAAAGAGGAAAAGGAGGAACCUUCGGGCAAGCUCGAACAGAAACCUUUAGACGAAGGUGUGGGAAAGAAAGCUAAAACAGACGUGAAGCUCAAGAACGAACUGCUGGCGGAUUGGAGUGAAGAUGACCAGGAAGAUGUUCCCGAUGGCGGUGACAAGGGUGAGGUAGAGAAGAAAGCAGAAUCGAUCGUGUCGCUAGAGACAAGUGUUCCUGCAAAGAACGUUUCCGAAUCAGUGCAGCAAGAACUGAGCAGCAAAAGCAAAACUUCCAGGAAUGAAAGAGAAGAAUCAAUCAAAGCCGCCGCCCCGUUGGCUCAAAACCACGUAUCAAAAAAGGAUACUGCAGCGAGCGAGGAGCUUGGUAAGGAUAACAAAAGGAAUUCUGUAGAGGGCAAGGAAAAGGCAACUGAACAUGGUUCCUGCUCAUCGGUGGUCGUUGCUUCGGCUGCACUGCCCUUUGCCAGUGUUGCCGUAACUACACUCAUCACCGCACCUCCAGUGAUUUCGCCGUGUACUACCAUCAAGUAUCGGAAUAUUCCGAAGAAGCAGAAGCGUGAAUAUAUCGAAGUCACAAACGACGAUGCGUCUUCCGCACCAUCGCGAGAAGGUAGCACGGCAAGCAGCACCUCGUCGACGGCCGGAUCGAGUGAAAUGCUUGGUGGCGGAGGAACGGCGGUACCGUCAGCAACGACCGUUCCCACGUCCUCGGCUUCAGAGCGUCCGAUCAGUGCCAAGCAGUUAAUUUUGAAUCGUGCGACACGAGAAUCGAGUGGGGAAGGAGGAAUAGAGGAGCCAGUUGUGCCCAAGGCAGAAGAGACCAGCGCAGUAACAGUUUCCCAGCAGGAACCGAAUAACGAAGCGACAAAAUCCCCAGCGGAAGAAGCUGUAUCCUGCUUCGAUUUCGAGGAAGAUGAGGAAGGCAAACAGGGAACGAAGAAGUUCAGCUCUAUCUCACCACCAUCGCGCCGGUCCGGAUCGCUGCUUGAUCGGAAACGACAUGACAGUGAACGGAAAAAGUCCGCCAACAACGAGGACGUGUUGAUGGCACCUGCAAAGCCUACCGACGAGAAUGAAGUUGAAACGGUGGCAAAGCCAACCGAUGACGAAGAUCUAAGACUCCGCCAAGAAAUUGAUUCACUACUGAUGGAGACAAACGUACCGAAGCUAUCGGAUGAUUUAAACGAAGUUGUGGCCUCAGGCCCCGUAACCUCCGACAAGGUUGACUGCAAUCGUACCCUUCCGCCUAAAGAAAGAGGCAAGCGAAUUUUUAAAACUCGCAACAAAACCAACACCACUUUAUUAACAACCUCUUCAUCGGUUGCCCCAGUUGAUGACAGUGGAGUAGGCGACGAAACACAUCCGACGGUUGACGCUUCCCCUUCAUCAGAAGAGAGCAGUAAAAUGCCGGACGUCGAGCAACCCGAAAUGGUGUCUCCCGAGCCGAAGCACAUCGAAGAAUUCGAUGACAGCGUUGCUAUGCCGACGAGUGCGUCGAAAGAUAAAAAGAAACCGAUGGCCCAGAAAGAAGAGGACUCUGCUGCUGGUACGCGUGGAAGACGGUUCGAGAAUUCCGACUUCGCAACGAUCAAAUCGAAGCGCACCAAGUACUCCAAGAAAGAGCAGCAGCAGCACGAAGAAGAAAAUCAAAUUCCGUCAGUAACUUCGUCGGAAGCGGCAGCUGCUGAUGUGAACGAAAUGAAGGAAGCGGAUGAUAAAAAACGGAAAGAUGAGUGCACCCCAGUAGUAACAACGACAGAUGCCACAUCGUCGUCGCUUGCAAAAAAUAGUGGUGCGAAGGGACGUCGGGGAAAACAGAAGAAAACUAUCCCCACCUUGGCAAACCAGCCUGAGCAGCCUGCACCAGCCGAACCGAAAGUAGCCGUCAUGGAAGAAAAGGCAAACGUCGGCGGAAAUCAUCAUGAUGUUGGUGUUGAUGAGAAACAGCCACGUAAAGUCGUUGCGGAUGCUGUCGGAAUGUCGUCUGCGAAGAAAAAACGGAAAUCGAGCGAACCACAUCUUCCGGACAGUAGUGAUGGUGCGAUGGACGCCACCGCUCCACAGGCAGUACCUACGUCGGAACGUAAGAAAGGAAAAAAACGAAAGGAAGCUUCCUCGUCCGAUGAGGUGGCCUCUGAAAGUAAUGCAAGCGGCAAAACAGAUGCGCCAGCGAAAACACCGAACGAGAGCGAGAAUGACGUGGGGGAGCAGGUGACUGACCGUAGUGUCGAGAAAAUGAUCGUAAAAGAAGAAAAAAAUGUUUCCGUGGAUCCGGUAUCAACACAACCAUCACCUGCAGAAGCAGCAGAUGAUAUCGGAAAGGUCGCUAACACCAAACCCGCGAGUAUAACCUCAAAGAGUAUUAAUCCGCGGAAGCGACAUCUUCACUCGAUGCUUCAGUCGUCCGAAGCCGUCAGCACACAACAGAAGCGCAACGAUGCUAAAGUGUUGAUCAACCCGGUUGACACUUCUACCGAUGUGGUUCCGGCGGUUUCAACGGUUCCCGGUUCGGUGGAAGCCGUCGUCGAGUCCGAAACUCCAUCCAUUCCAGAGAAGCGGAAGCGUGAAUUGAAAUCAGAACCGUCGGUGUCCGAACCUUCAACAACCGAAGAGCCACAGGUGCAACCGGUGGUCGCUCCGGCGGCGGUGGAAGAUAAAUUCGAUAUUGAUAACAUGCCAAUCGUUAUUGGCGACAACGGGGUUCUGGUAAAUGAGGUUGUGAUGGUAGAGCCACCGAAAUCGUUGGCCACCGAUGGUGCCUCCUCUAUCCUUCCAAACGCCAUCGCCGUCGUAAAGAGUAUCAAUGGUGGUGGAGGUGGAGACAACGCAACGUCAUCAUCGUCGACCAAGAUGGCGGAAGGACUGCUACCGAAGGCACCGACGAUGAAAGAAAAGCGACCAACGAUUGUGACUACUGUAAAGGGUGGCACGGCGGGGCAGGAACAGAUUAUUAUCACGAGCAAAGGAACGGUGCUAACCACUUCCACCUCGUCCUCGGUCAGCUCGAAAAUGGCUGCAAAAUCUACGGUAACUGUCACUAGUGCUUUUAGCAUCGUUAGCGGAGGCCGUAACACUGCCUGUAUGACAAGUGCGACCACCACCGCCUCUACACCAAUGGCUCAUCGUCGAAGCAACAAUCUCUUGGAGCAGCCCGAAUCGUCAACUUCCUCGUCGUCGUCGUCAUCGUCGUCAUCGUCAUCGUCAACAUCGUCAUCGGCCAAUGGGCAACAAGCGACAAGGCUACCCUUAGAAGAUGGGAACUUAUCGGCCACAACAAAAGCAGUCUCCGUUGCCAAGCCAUCCUCCUCGUCCUCCACUGCGUUGUCUUCGUCCAGUGCUGCACCAAAGAAAGUCAUUACUAAAAAAGCCCUGCACCCGGGUGAUACCACGAGCUCCGCAAGCAGCAGUAAGCAGCAUACAACCGAACCCGUAAGCGAUGGCGCGUCGUCUUCCGUGUCGUCUUCGUCCUCGUCCGUCGGCGGUGGGGUCAGCAACGUCGGUGAAGGUGGCAAGAAGAUUCUCCGAGUAUCCCCACAGAAGCUGAAGGAGUUCAGCCGCCUGGGAUACAUCGAGGACCGUGGCAAUGGUAAAGUGCUCACACCGAGCGGAAUGCGUAAGUUCAAGCAAGAACUUCAACAGCAGCAACAACAGCAACAACAGCAACAGCAUGAGGAGGCUCAGGGAAAAAAGAAAGCCAAGCCUACUGCUCCAGCAGUCACAAAAACGCUUCCGUCGACCAACGUAGCAAUUGCAUCGAGCAGCAGCAGCAGCAGCAGCAGCAGUGCCGCGCGACAAUCGGUGACGGAGGUGGCCUCAUCGGGUAACGUGGUGGUUGCGGCAGCAGCUGACUCAUCCGUGCAGGAAGGAUUCACCGGCGCCAGCGAAGAACUGCCACAAGAAGCGGCUCACGGUGAGCCGGCAGCGGGUGGUGCAGUGAUCAUUGCGAAUGCUGGAGAAAUUCCCGUGGUAUCGCCGGUAGAACCAUCGGCUUCCGGAACAACGACUGCGGUGUUGAUCGAAAAUUCACCGACCAGUAGCGCCACCGAGGUGAUACUUGGUACCGCCGAUCAGACGGUGGAAGCGAGUAGUAGCAAUGGCAACGGCGGUAGCGCAGGUGGAUCGACGUCCGGCGUACAAGAGUCCUCGCAGCUGAUCGCCGUGCCGGCCGAGAACUUUGGUGGUCCUCCGAAUCUAUUCUACCUGUGCUCGGUUCGUGAUGAAAGUCUUGUGCCCGUCAAUAACGAGCUGCUAUAUUUGGACCCUUCGAACCAGCUCGUUGCCCUUCCCGAGCAACAGCAGCAAGGGCAGAUGCAACCAGGCCAGGUGGGGGGAGCUAGUGCAGAAGACAUCAUCAAUCAGGCGGAAGUGAUCAUUCCGGCCGGAAGCCAUGGGGCCGAAGUGGUGGGUGUAGGAAGUACCGUAGCUGUGGCGGCUGCGGUCGGAGGUAGCGAAGCGGGUAGUAUCGUUGAUGCCGGUGCCGUUGGUGAUGGUACGCAACAGAGCUUCCUGCUCAACACUCAGGACGGCCAGCAGAUCAUUCUCGACCAGCAGAGCCUAAUGGCGCUGGCAGCCGGUGGCGAAGCACCACACCUUCUAACGGCUGAUGGACAGCAGAUACUGCUUCAAGAAUCUGCACAAGAGUGGUUGGCAGCUCUCUCCGCCAGUCAACAGGGGGGUCAGCAGUCAACGCUCGGUACUCUAGUGACACCCGAAGGCACGCAGAUCAUCGUGGCACACGAACACGCUGGUUUGAUCGAGCUGCAAGAGCAUCCAGUCCUUUUGCCGACAGAUACCAUUCAAGUCAAUCCAAACACGACGGUGGAAACGAAUGCCGUGUUGACAAAGCCGCCCAUCAUGUCGACGGUUGAAGUGCCAACCAAAAAUGGCAUCGAGAUUCCGUCCGCGGUCGGUGCUGGGCGCAUGGAACGAAAAGGGUACUCCAUUUCAUCCACCUCCAGAGUGACGGGGGCGGAAGGGCCGCCCGGUGCGCCAUCGGUUGCGAUCCUGGGAGGAGGAGGAGUAGGAGCAACCAGCAAUCUCGACGAAUCGCUGGCGGCCGUCAUCGGGCACGUUCCGAGCAAUCCGCACGUACCGACCUCACUCGAACUGCCGAUCACCGUGACGAAUCCGGCGAUCGCAAAGACAACCACCACGAGCAGCAGGUUGAAUCCUCCGCUGUUUCCCGUAACGACCAUCGCGACGACGGUUCCCUCGCCCUCCGACAUGUUAUCGUCCUCUGCCCCGACGGUUGUGUUGAUAGCAGCAGACCAGGCGACGAUAGCCGUAGCAGGUACGAUCGAUCGUGUUCCCUCUCCUUCGAAUCCUUCUCCUCUUCCUCCUUCUUCUCCCCCGUCUCUCGUCAACCCACUUUCAGCAGCGAAAAGGAAGCAAUCGUACGAUGAUACCGAGCCGAACGAGGGAAUCAUAUUAACAGCGACUCUCGAGAAACCACGCAAAUGUUCGUCUCAACUGCAAGAACCGAUAGUAGCGGAUGAAGACGUGGACGAUAUACAAAUUCCCAACACUCCCGAGUCGCAACAGAACAGUGAACGGCAGAUGGAGUACAGCUUCAGUGACAACGACUGCGUAGACGAUCCGGAAGAUAGAAAUCGUCCCGAGAGGGAGCUAGACCACGGAGACUUUCCGACCCCAGAAGAUCCGGACAUGGAGAAUAGCAACUCGAACUGUAGCGAAGUGAUUCCGUUGCAACCGAAUGUAGUCAUUCUGGGCGCCGAGGAUGACGGUAUUGAUGAGGAAAUUGACAACGAAAAUGACACCGACGAGGACAGUAGUGCAGAGGUGCAGGUGCACAAUAGUCAACGUCGUGCUAACAGCAACAGUUCUGGUCCACCGAAUCGAAAUGCGAAUGGAUCGGCCACUGCUGGGUCGAGUGAUGGCAACAUUACUGAACGCCAUCAAGGAGGUAGUAGCAAUAAUGACAGUGGGAUCGACGCUAGUACACACACCCCACAGGUGCACGAUGAACAGGCAGGAGGAUACGCAACAGAGCGGAUCGCCCGUAGGACGAUCGUUGAAAGAUAAAUGAUCCAAAUGUUGGAGAUUGUGUCUAUUGCACUCCAUCACGCAGAUUGCAGGGAUUCGAGUCAAAGGUGGAGAGAAACGGAAAACUGAAGCAGGAGACAAUUAAUAUAACGGCCACGAGCUAUGAUUAACAAGAACACAUAAUGAAACGAAUAUAUAGAUUCUCUCUUCUGCUAACAAACCAUUUAUUUGGAAGCAUCCACUACGGAAGAUUGUGGGGCACAUAGUGCUCGUCUUCUUUAAUUGACACUGUAACGGCAUUCAACCUAAUCAUACCAGUGGCCUCAGAGUAUCUGGAAGCGUGUACACUGUGUAAAAUAGAGCUACCAUGCAAAAGUAACUAAUUUAAUGUGGAAUGACACAUUCAGCUGACCUUCCUACCUUUCUUGGUAAACCAGUAAAUGCAGACGAGGAAGUUUAGAAGAGUUAUGAUAGUAAACUGAAUAGAAACACUUUUAAUCACAGUACACUUCGCAAGGCUUAGAAACUCCACCGGAAAUGAUGAUAUUUCGUGCUGCGAAUCCUAAGCAUACACGUGGUCAGUACUGAAGCAAAGAUUUCAUAUUUCCCGCUAUCCGUUGCAAUGUUCAGUAUGAUAAUUAGAAAAGAUAAAUAUCGAUUGAUUGGUACAUUUAUCAAGUGAAAAAUCAAACGAUGCUCAAAUUGUUUGAAAAUUUGUGCACACAGUGUUACCAAAAGAAACCGAUUGCUAGAUGGUAUGGAGCCGAGUGGGUUACAAUUAACAUUUUUAAAAGUGUCUCAUACCCGUCUGAACUCUUAAAGAUACGAUGAUCUUAUUCAAGGGCUACUAAUAGGGCUUCGCAAAAAAAAACAAUUCGGAUAACAUAGUGCGAAGAAAUACCUAUUUUACAGGUCAAACUAGAAGCAGCGUUAAGGUUGAUUGAAUAAACGAUUAAAAUUAAGUAGUGGGGGUAGUUUGGCAAUGUAAGCAACUAAGUAGCAUGCAGCUACAACUGAGUAGUAGGCUUUGUAAAAUAUAGCGCAAACAGUACAAUUAAGAUUUUUUCCAAGUCGAAUAAAUUGGCAUAUAUUGCAGA